AUGGCGCAAGGCCAUUUGAACAUCCUCACGCUGUUAUCAGCAGCAAUACUUUGUCUAUACUUACCGUCUGUCCUGGGAACACCGUUUAUCGUAACGCCCAGACGAGAAGAUGGAUUGCACCAACAGAAAGAUCAAACUGCUUUACUACAACAUGUCGGAUAUCAGGGUAAUAGCAACAAUGCGGGGAGGGAUGAUCCAUUGAAGGAUUUUAUUUCGGAUGUUGUGCAUGAUUCGGUGGUGCCUGUUGCACCUCCGGCGUCGAUACCAUUGCCGUCGCCGCCGAUGAUGUCGUCGUUGAGGUAUGCGGGGAAUGUUGACGGACUGGAUAAUAUAACCAUUGGCUUGCACAGGAUUGCCGACGGUGAAGAGCUUGACGGUGACGAAGAAACAGCCGCAGAUGAUGAGGAAGAAUUAUCGACUCUACGACGUCCCUCAUGGUUUGACUCCGUCCUCCUGGCGCGCCGACUCCUAGCAAAAUCCUCCAUCGGAAUCGCAUCCACCGUCUAUCAACACACAGACUCAUCCUCGUCAGCACACCUAACAGGCCUAGAAGGCGUACCCAUCAGUCUACCGGAAUACAUAGCAGACUGCUCCGAAAUCAUUGACAGCAAUAAUAACAACGGCAACCCAAUCCUACUCGGAUUAUACGUGUCAACAACAUUCCGCAACAUCGCCAAGGGAUCAAAUAUCAGUCUCUCGAUUGACUGGUGGAAUCAUUUAAACGAUACAAAACCAGUUUAUCCUGGAUUUCCGCUAAGCGAAGCUGGAUUACCGCGUAUCUCGUUGAUUGGGUAUGUCGAACGACUUGACCUGUCGUCAACAGAGAAAAUAAAGGAUGGUCUGGAGGAAUGCUUCUUCGCGAUUCAUCCGGAUGCCAAAGUGUGGGCUCCCGGAAAUCCGGAUAGUCCUCAUUCGGGGUUUUGGGCUCGCAUGGUUGUGACAAGGGUUUAUUGGAUAGGUGGAUUUGGAGAUUUGCAGCAGAUUGGUUGGAUUAAUAUGACUGAUUGGCGCGGGGUUGGUCGGUAUGAGAGCGCUUCGAGUAUUGGGGAUGGGAGUGGUAGGGGUUGGGAGGAUAUUAGAUUACCUGGAGAAUAG